CCGGUGUCCACAAAAUACUUUUCUCUGGACAAACCGUUAGAAGACAUGGAUAUCUCAUUCCCGUCCGAACUGUCGGAUUGGACAGGUGUGGAAUCCACUGCCCCCAAUACCAGGGAACCCGUUGCAUGUAAAUCUGGCCCAUUGGAUCUGCCAACUCGUCCGGGCGACCUGACCGUUGAGGCACUGUCUGAUUCCCACUCCCAAGCAACAACUCAGUGUCCUCCGGAGAAGGAUUCACCGAACGCCCAGCAGCCCCAGAAUGGAACCUCCACUCCAUCAAGCGUUGUAGAUCGGACUAAGUCUAUCCUACGCUUUCCUGUUGAUUUGGUCCGCAAUCUCGUUAAUCGUUUCACUCUCAGACCUGACCAUGUGACUAGCAGUCUUGAUUGUAAUUCCGCUCCGAUUCACCCGGAAACCCUCGUCGUUCCGCAACAACCUAGGAAAGCCGAUAAUCAAUCCAGUAUUGAAAUUCAGUGGGCUAUCAAAUCCUUCGAGCAUGCCAAUGCACAUUUUCGCCUGCUAUGUUCCAUAGAUGACCCGAAAUCUCUGCGUCUCACCGGUGUGGAUAACGAGAUUUACGAGGAGUUUAAAACCCAAUUUCCCGAUUUGCAGAUUGAUGUUAUAUCGGAAGACGACCUCAAGUCACCAGAAUCUAAAGCGGUAAGUCAGAAAACGGAUAGGCAUCUAACAACUUUCGAGUUAUUGCAUAAUUGGUAG